AUGAAGAAGCUGGAAGACCAAGCUGAGGCCGCCAUUAAAGCUCAAAGUGAUGCCGAAGAAAAGGCUGAAUCUGCCGAGGCCAUCAGGAAGGUCUCUGAGGCCCAAAGAAAAGAGGCUGAGGAGAAGAUGGCCCAAGCAGAAAAAGAGCUUCAAAAAGCCUUGGCCACCGAAGAGGCUGAAAUUAAGGAUGCUGACGAAAAGGCAUACGCUCAAGGCAUGGCUGAUGUCACGGAGGCUUAUGAACUUCAAGUGAAGCAGGAAGGUGAUGAGGUUCCCAAAGAUGCUGCUCAUGAGAAGUUAUCAGCCAAUGUCCCCUUAGCCGACAAGAGUAUUGAAGAAACUUUGCAAGAAAUUGAUGCUGAGCUGAUGGCGGAGAAGGAGGCCAAGGUUGCUUCUCAACAAUCGUCCGAGGUCCCAACCCAGCUCACUGUCGACGCUGAGGAGCCUUAG